UGUAAUUGAGCUGAGACUGAAGGCACUGGACCGUCCCGAACAUCAGCGUCCCACGGCUCCGACCCCACUAUAAACCAGAACAGGUCUCUGCAGCGUUCAGAAGAGUGUGUGUGUGUGUGUGUGUGUGUGAGAUGGACGCGAGCGCUCUGACGCGAGGCCUGCUCUUCCUCUCUCUCGCGGCGACCGGAGUCCCAGGGAACAUCGCUGUGAUCUUCGCCUUCCUCUCGCUGGCGUAUCAGGAGCGUCUCUCGCCGGCCGACGCCAUCGUGCUGCACCUAGCGAUUGUUAACCUGGCUAACCUGUCGGUGCGCUGCGUGCUGGAGGUGCUAGCCUCCUUCUCCGUGUACGUGUUCGACGACAGCGGCUGCAAGGCCGUGAUCUUCCUCUACCGCACCUCCAGGUCUCUGUCCAUCUGGCUGACCUUCGUGCUGAGCGCGUACCAGUGCCUGAGCGUGUCUCCGCCGGGGUCGCGCCGCGCUAGCGCUCGCGCUGUGCUGGGCCGCUCGCUGUGUGUGGUGUUCCUGGCGCUGUGGCUAAUCAACGGCUCGAUGAGCGCGGCUCCGCUGCUGUUCGCUGUUGCGGCGCGGAACGACUCCAAGCUCUCGCAGAACGCCAUCAACGUGGAGUUCUGCUUCCUGAACUUCCCAUCGAGGCUAGCACGGGACGCUAACGGCGCAGCACAGGUGGGGAGAGACGUGGUGCCGAUGGCGCUGAUGGCGGUUGCUAGCGUUAUGCUCCUAGCGUUCCUGCGGCGCCGGCGGGCCACGGCUCGUAGCGGGUCGUUAGCGGAGCGGCGCGCGGCUCUCGGCGUGAUCACGCUAGUCUCGCUGUACCUGCUCUUCUACGGCGUGGACAACGGCCUCUGGGUUUAUACGCUCAGCGUGCCUCAGACGCUCGGCUCCUCGCUAAUCUCCGACCUCAGGAUCUUCUUCUCCUCGCUCUACGCCGCUGUCAGUCCCGUUGUCAUCAUCGUCUCCAACACGAGAGUUAGCCGGAGAGCCGGAGACGCUCUGAGACGCUGCUAACGUCACGGGCACAUCGACCACAGGACAUGAUGCACGAAACCACUCGUGGGAACGUUUACGGGCUCAAUGUGUGUCAGCGCUCUUUGAGGAGUUUCUCUGUCGCUUUGGUGCAUUUCUCAGAUCACAGCUGUGAUUCUCAAAA